AUGGUCGCUCGCAACCUGCCUCUUGCCGCCCUCGCGGCAAGCGCAUCCGCUCUGUCGGCUCGUCGCGACGACGCACAGUCCUCCAGCGGUGUCGGUUCCAUUUCUCUGCCCAUCUAUCAAGACGUCAGACUGCACCCUUUGGAGAAGCUGCGCAGAAGACAGGUCUCGGACACAGACGCCCCAGUCCUCAAUGUGACGACAACUACGUACUUGAUUGAGCUGAACAUCGGUACACCCGGUCAGGACACCAAGGUUGCCAUUGAUACUGGUUCCUCCGAACUCUGGGUCAACCCCAACUGCGCCAACGCUGGCAGCACCGCACAGACACAAUCUUGCAGAGCUAAUGGCCAAUAUGACCCCCGAGACUCUUCGACUUCGUCCGUUUAUGACCAGACGGGCCGUAUAAAGUAUGGCAAGGGAGAGGUCGUUCUGCAAUAUGUCAGCGAUAACAUCACGCUUCCCGGCAGCGACAUCGCGCUUAGAGAAACAAUUUUUGGCUACGCCACUGAUAGUGUUGACCUCAACAGAGGUAUCCUCGGUCUCAGUUUCGGCGAGGCGAAGAACAACACCGGUUACCCGACCGUUCUUGACGAGAUGAAGGCUCAGAACAUUGUCGAGUCUCUCACUAUUGGCAUUGCGCUCGGUACCAAGGACGAGAAGACGGGUAGCGGCCUCAUCUCCUUUGGCGGUGUCGACACGAAGAAGUUCAGUGGCAACCUGCACUCGGCGCCGAUCCUUGGACCCCAGAACAACGAGAACUUGUGGAGGUACUGGGUUCAGCUUGACUCUGUGGGCUUGAGCGUGUCGGGAAGCAGCUCCAAGACAUACUCCAACUCGCAGUUCCCCGUCUUCUUCGACACUGGCGCCACCCUGAGCUAUCUGCCUUCAGCUGUGGUCGACUCACUCGGAGCUGACCUGAAGGGCACGCUUGACUCAUCCGUUAACAUGUAUGUGGUCCCAUGCAGCACCACAGGCACCAUCGACUUCAAGUUUGGCGACUACACUAUGAAGGUGCCUAUCCAGGAGUUCAUCUGGAACGUUGGCAACAGCCAAUGUGUCCUCGGAGCGGACAAGGCGACCGACGGCUCGUACCUGCUCGGUGACUCGUUCCUCCGCUCGACUUAUGUCGUUUUCGACCAGGAGACACCUGCCCUCCACUUUGCCCCCUACAACAACUGUGGUUCGAACCUUCAGAAGAUUCCCCUCGGCGCGAAUGCGGCGGCAAAGUUUACUGGCGAGUGUUCUACCUCCACAACCCCCAGUGGUAGCAGUCCGACUGGCACUGGCACUGGCAACGCUGCUGGUCACUCAACGUCCAUCAACUUCUGGCUUGCGGCCGGUGCUUUGGUUGGUGUACAGGCUUUCAUGUCCUUCCUCUAA